AAUUACAUUUGAUCUAUCCAUCUUACCCAGAAGGACUGGCUAGGAUAACUCUAUAGUCUUAAAUGUACUUCGCUGUUAGGCAGUUGUCUUUAAAUAAAUUAAUAUUUUUUAAAAAUCUUUUGCUGACAGUCCAUUGCAUACAAUAUAUAUACAUUAUUGUAAAUUUUAUUAAAAUUUUAAAACUAUAAAAUGCAGUUGUGUUUGCUAAAUGUCAUUUUAGGUUUUAUUUUAUUAGCAGUUAUUGAUUGCAACAAACCUCCGACAACUGGUAUAGCCAAUUAUUGUUUUAAAUCAGAAACGUGCACCCACAGCCAAAAAGAGAAGUGUGGAAGGAACAGGAGGGGUAUGGUCAAAAGGUUUAGAGACACAUGUGAUAUGAUCAAAUUUAAUUGUGCUAAACGGCAGGUUUUUACAACAGUGAACAUGGACCAAUGCAAAAAUGUGCCAUACGACGAUACUGUCAUCAAAUCUGAAUACCGGUCACUGCGCAAAAUUACUGAUACACCCAAUCGAAUGCAUGCUAUGAACAGUUUCUGGUGCAAUAAAUCUAAGGAAUGUUCAAAAAACACUAAGUUAAUCUGCACAAUAGGUAAAAGUAAGGACGACUAUAGAAUUUUUGUGAGUAACUGCGCCUUGUUCAGGCAUAACUGCCUGUCCGAACGACAUUACAUUGAGACCGGCAUUGGAAUCACAAGCUGUUUGAGAUUAAUCAAAUACAAAUUGCCAAAAGAUUUGCAAGAUAUUCUUGAUUCGACAAAAACUACAAAAGCUAAAACUGUUAAACGCACUAGGAAGAUCUCAACCAGCCCUAAACAUAAAUCAACGAAAAAAUAUAGCCCGUAUAUUGACUUGACGCCAUUUAUUGAUUUAACUAUUUAGAUGAAAAAUUGGUAAAUAAAAAAUAA